AUGGCUAAUAACUCGUCAAGCUAUGUUAACCUACUACAGAGUCAACUUCCAGUUGAUCUUGAUGCAGCCGAACCUUUAUGGUUCGGUAGCGAAGGUCCUGAUGAGGCUUAUGUGAUGUCUGGUAGCGAAGUGCCUGAAGCAUCUGGUGUGAAGUCAACUCCCCAACAAUCUGAGAGAAGGAAAUGGUCUCCCAAAGAGGAUAUAAUCCUCAUUGGGGCAUGGCUUAACACCAGUAAAGACCCGAUCGUCAACAAUGAGCAGAAAGGUGGAGCAUUUUGGAAGCGGAUUGUGGAGUACUACAACGCAAGCCCUCUGUUGGUUGGGACGCAACCGAGAGUCCUCCAUUCUUGCAAGCAGCGGUGGUCUCGGAUUAACGACCACGUUGCAAAGUUUUCUGGUUGCUAUGAUCGUGCUCUUCGCCAGCAAAGAAGUGGUCAGAAUGAUGACGAUGUGAUGAAGGCUGCUUUAGAUUCUUUCUUCAAUAUUAUGAACAUAAAGUUCACCAUGGAUCACUGCUGGAGGGAGCUGAGGUAUGACCAGAAAUGGUGCUCACUGGUUCAGGGUAAGGACACUGUUAAGGAGAAGCGCAAAGUGGUGGACCUCGAUGGAGAAGAAGCGGCUGUGGGAGAAGAAGAGGCUAGACCUCCCGGG